AUUACCGUCAAGUCUAUAUUUCAUAUUUUCUGACCUAGACCUCAAAAGAGCGGUAGUCGUAUUAAAGAAGCUGCAGGGGACUUUGACCGUUCUUUCCCAGCUCUUCUGGGUGGUUGCUGCUUUUAGCUGCUUUGCUGUCUGAUUUGGAGCUGGAUGCUUAAAAAUAAAUAAAUAAGUCAGCCCCUGUGUGUGGUGCCCAGGAUGCCAAAAAAGCUGCACUAGGAAUACGCUGAGAGCCAUGGCUAUUUUUGUUAGAAGCUGAUACUUUAGUUGGGGCUGCAAGCAUUGCCUUAGGAAAGGAGUCAGUUUCUUGGGAGGUGGGGAAGGAAAGGCAGGAUUGAACAGAGAAGAUAGUUUGAAAGAAGAAAAAAAGUCCCCCAAGAAAGUAAGAACGGCGAAGAACUUCCCAUCUUUUAAUUCUUUGUCUCCUGCAAGAGCCAGCAGCCCCGACCCUGUCGCAGCCACUCAGCUGCCAAUAUAACGUGACCUUUUCACCAAGAGCAUUUCUGACCGUCACCAUUAUGACUGAGAUUGCAGCAGAAGGGCCUGCGUCCAGCACUACUGUGAUAGAUGGCAAGAACGGAGCAGUUCCCAUGCCACAUAUGAAAGUGUCCAAGAGAUCCGUUUCAGAGGACUUUGCGACAACAUUCAGCUCACCGGCAGCAUGGCUCCUUGUUGUUGCCCUUAUCAUUACCUGGUCAGCUGUGGCAAUUGUCAUGUUUGACCUGGUGGAUUACAAGAACUUGGCAGGAAUACAUCAACUUGAUGUUGACAAAGAUGUGGGGAAAGCUGAGCUCCCUAGAGGUCAGUCUGUGGACAAGCUUGCCUCUAAUCCACUGAGAAUCAUACAUGGUGCCGUGGAGGAGACCACUGAUUGGGUGUAUGGCUUCCUUUCAUUGCUGACUGACCUCAUAUUUGAAGAUGAAGAUGAAAGUGAAAAAGAAGCAAUCCAACCACCGGUCAAAAAGAAAGAGAUCCAAAUAGACAAGGCUGAUGAACAGCAGAAAAUCGAAAAGAAACCUCCACCCAAAGAAGUCCACAUAGACAAGGCUGAAAAAGAAGAGAAAAUUGAAAAGAAGCCACCACCCAAAGCCAUUCAAAAAGAGAAAGCUGAAAAGCCGGAGAAAGCUGAAAAGCCGGAGAAACAUAAAAAACCUGAAAAACCCGAGAAACUAGAAAAACCUGGGAAAAAGGAACUCGCUAAAGUGGGAUAUAAAGAAAAACCUGUAAGACACGAAAAACCUGAAAAGAGAGAAAAACCUGAAAAAAGAACAAAAACAGAAAAACCUGAAAAGACGGAGAAGAAAGAAAAAGCCAUAGUACCUCCCAGGGAGAAAACUGCAAGGCAAGAAAAGCCCAAAAAGAAAGUGCCUCCUUCCCCCAAAGGAACAGAAAAGGUGAAACCUGAACGGCAAGAAAAACCUGAAAAAAAAAUUGCUCCUAAAGAAAAGAAGAGCAUCAAAAUUGAAGAAAGGGUUAAAAAGGACGUGAAAGAAAAGAAACCAGACAUGAAAGCACCCGAAAGGACAAAGCGCAAGGAAACCAAAGCAGAGGGUGUUGUGUCAAUGAAAGCCAAAGUGAAAACCAAGGAGGAGACAUCUCUGAUGGCUGCAGAAAAAUCUGAUAAGAAAGAUCAAUAUGCAUUCUGUCGCUAUAUGAUUGACAUGUUUGCACACGGGGAUUUCUAUACAGGACCAGCUCCUCUCCUAUACUUACCACAAAGCCCAGCAGUCGCACCUGCAGUUCCAGCUGCUGAAGUGGGAAAGCUUAAUGUGACAGCUACGAAGCUGAUGAAAGAAGAAAAGGGGAAAAGGGCUGUUCAAGAAAAGAAAGCUAUUCCUGAAGUUAAAAAGAAAGAAGUGGAAGAGAGAAAAAAGGUAACCCAGGAGAAGAAAUUUGUUCCUGAAAUUAAAGGGAAAGAAGUGGAAGAAGGGAAGAAGGCAUCCCAUGAGAAGAAAGCUGUUUCUGAAGUUAAAACAAAAGAAAGAAAAGAGGAAAGAAAACCUCAUGAGAAGACAGCUGUCCCAGAAGUUAAAAAAGCAGAACCAGCAAAAGCAAGGUCUUCUCUUCCUGACAAGAAAGAUGAAAAGAAAGAAGCAGUUUUGACCAAAGACCUGAAAAAGCUAGCAAAAGGUCCUGCAGCCCAGCCAUCUUCUGGAAAAGUUGUAUCACCAGAACCACAUAGGAAAGAAAAGCUAGUGGAAACUGCCAAACUACCAAAGAAGGACAUGCCUAUAAAAGCAACUGUGACACAAGAAACUCAUAAACUGAAAGAGACCACAGAAGCUCGUAAGCCAAAAGCAACACAUGAAAAGAAAGAAGAUAGGCCACUGAAGGCAUCAGAGGAAGAUAAACUGAAGCCUAAAGAAUCAAAGCUUGAAAAGGAAAAACAGAAAUCUGCUGCUGCCACAAAGGAGACUGCAAAAGAGAAGCCACGGAAGACCCCAGAAGUCCCAAAGGAAAGGGAUACUGCAAAAGAAAAAGUGAAGUCUCCAGUUGCUGCCAAAGAAAAAGAUUUUUCAGAGGCAGCAAAACCAAAGGAAGUGAAGCCUCCUGUUGCCCAGAAACAGAAAGAAACUGACAUUAAAAAAGAAGAAAGUCCAGCUAAAACAGGCAAGAAAGUGGAACAUAAACCAAAACAUGAUGCUCCAAGGUAUGAAAAAGAAGUCCCUCAAGGAAAACCAGCCAAACCUAAAGAAACUACAAAACCAACCGCUGAUAUCACAGCAGCAGACAAGAAAAAAGCAGGAAGGCCUUUGAAGGAAAAGGAUGGAAAAACAGUGGAAAAGGCAGAUCUGAAAAAAGAAAAGACUAAAGUCCCAGCAGUGAAGGAAACUCACCAGUAUCGCAAUGUGACAACAGAUAAGAGUUCAAAGGCUGCCAAAACAGCAGCUCCUGUCCGCUACUAUCAGUGUGUCUUUGUUAAUGGAUACAAUGGCCAUAUACCACAAUACCCUGUUACUCCAGCCAAAGACUCCAAAGAGAAAGCUGGACAGUCAAAGUCUUCCGAGCCCAAAACCAAGACACGGAAACAGUAGAGUCGCACCACCUGUGACUUGAUGACAAUUUGCACUUUAUGCUCUCCACGAGGGUCUGUGAAAUCUGUUGGCACCUUUGAGAAUAGAAAUGUGAUUCAGUAGAUCACAUGCACUUGGAAAGGUUGUCUGCUCAAUGCCAGAGCAGAAGAACUAAAAAGAGAGGGAGGUGUAACACUGUUUGAGAAAGUACCAAGUAACUCUUUCCUGAAGGAAGGUGCUGAAUAGUACUUGACAGAAAGUAAACUCUGUGUGUUUUUGCGUGUGUGCAUUUGUGUUUUUUCCCUCCUCCUCCUCCUCCUCUUUCUCAUUUGUUUUGUGUUUUUCAAGACAUGCUGGAGUGAACAUUUUCAGUAUAAUCAGUACAAAAAUGUUUUUAGAACAAAACUAAUAUUUUUCAACAUUAUCUGUAAUCGAUGUUAGCUUUCAGUUGAAUUCAGGUGAAAUCAGGUGAAAUCUCCUUAGUUUUCUAGGACACCACACCCCCUUCCUCUAGCUCCACCCAUGUUCCUAUUUUAUGCUGGUUUUGUGCAGUUUUUUUCUCCCCAUUCUAAAAUAUAAAAAUGCCUUUCAAACCUAGCAGUGAGAGUUUUAAACUAAAACAUGCUAGUAAUUUUGGUAUUUCUCGCAAUGAUUUUUCUUUGUUUGCACCCACCACUGGAGUGCAGGCCCCAAAAGGUUCUCUGAAAGGACAUGCAGCCCUUGUGCUGAAUGAAGUUCAACAUCCGUGAAUGAAAUAAUGAAUUUCUCAUUAAUGCCCUUCAUGGUAUUCCUAUUCAUCUUUCAGAUAGGUGGAUAGAUAGAAGGGGCCCAUCAGGCCAUCGGGUCUAACUGCUUGUCCAAUGCAGGACUCAAGCCACCCAUCCAGAUUUCCAGCUGGUCCAACCCUUCUAAGAUUUGGCAAAAUCAGGCACCUCAGGCUGGCUCUCUCUCUCCUCUCAUUCUCUCUCUCUCUCUGGAUCAAUAUCGAUAUUGAGAUCUAUCUAUCUAUCUAUCUAUCUAUCUAUCUAUCUAUACAUAGUGAAUAUAAUUAAUAUAUUUAUAUUUUCCCUUAAAGAAUUCACCAAAACAAUGACAUGAAUUGCUUGGAUGCAAGCAUUAAAAAGCUAUGAUAUUUUCCAUAAGUAAAAACGUAAACUCCCUUAUUUUCUAGAUUUUUUUCCCUUUAAAUGUGGAAGAUCAGGGUCUGGAACUACUGCUUAACUUCAUAAAGAUAAUCUAGGUAAAAAUGUCUGAAUAUUAUUAUUCCAGCUUUUUGUCAAAAUGUCUUGCUUUGUAAAUAAUAAUGUGUCCUUGAAAACUAGUUGUUCUUUAUUAAUGUGUUUCACCUCUGUUGUUUCGUAUUACUAUUGAUUAUUUACAAUGUUAAAGAAAGCUUACGAGUAAUUGUUCAACUUUUCUUAAACAGAACAACUUACACAAGUAGAUCUUACUGUGUAUAAAUUUUGAUUCCAGAGGAGGAUAAAAUUCCCAUAGGACUGGUAUUACUUUGAUGAGAUGGCACAAGAUUUCAAGAAAAUGUGCCCAAAGAGACAGCCAGUUCACAACAGUAUUUGGAAUAGAUCCUUCUCUCUUUAUCUCUUUGUGUCACUUCUGGGUCAUGCCAGAAGUUACUGGAAUUUAUUACUAUCUGAUUACUGCCAUUAUUGUGAGAGGUGUGACAUCCACAAUGUGCUAGAUUGAAAGUCCACACAAAUCACAAAAAGGCAGUCUUUAAUAGAAGCUUGACUUUACAAUAACUUGUCCUAGGAAAAUGAAUAGCUUUUUGGAAGUACAGGCUUAUAGUUCUGCUUCCUUUGCUAUCACCAUUUCCAUGGAUAAGCAAAAUAAGUAAGGAUGUAACGUAAAGCUACUUUCACCAAAAGGCAAAACAAACUAGAGGGCCUUUUUGAUGAAUUUGGAAAAGGUAAUUUGUCUCAGCACAAGUUGUGUGUUAUCGGUAUAGCAGCAAUGGCCCUUCCUAUUAUCUCAUGAUGCUUGCUGAAGGAAUUAGACCUUUUGUAAAUGUUACCUCAGGAGAAACCUGAAGACUUAAUUGUGCCUGAUCAUGUGGUGAAGCCGCAGGUUUGGCAUUGCAUUAAUUAGUCACCAGCUCAUCCAGAUCAGGAAUGCACUAUCAAAAACAUUGGGUAAAGAGGUUUCAGAAAUCCAGUACAGGAUCUGACCUCUUGUAGAUGGAUGGCACCUACCUCCACACAGAAACCUUACAAUGCUGUUACUUUUUCCUUAUCAUUUCCCUACUGCUUACCGUGCUUACUGUAGUUGCAUUGGUUUCCAAAGACCAGCCAAUUUAAAUGAGAGCUGUAGUUAAGCCAGAGAGUUACACAAGUUUCUUUGGUAUUUUGUAUAGAUGUUGCUAAUUAUUGGCAAGUAUUAUAUAGGGUUGGAUCCAGAUUUACACUGGAUUGUGCUUUUUGAAGUGGAUUUCCUUGCCCCCUCUUCCCUAGCCCCUGCAAAUGCUACACCAAGUAUUGGGAGACCUUGCAUAAUGGGGUGAACCAUGCAGUGGAGAAUAGGAUCCCCAAAUCAGAUGGAGAAGACUUCUCCAAGCAGAGAGCCUCCUCUCUUGGAAGAUCCAUUUCUCUCACUUAAGAUAGAGCCUGGAUCCAACAGUUAAACAUGUUUGGCUUUCUGAUUUGAGCUUACUGAAAUGUUUACCUUCCCCAUGUCAGUUAAUUGUAGAAAUUGCAAUAGCAUGGCUGAGAACCCAUUUCCUUCCUUUUUAUUCCUGAUACCAGGAUGGUUCAGAGAAAAUAAAUAACUGACAUUUUUGUCAGAAUUAGACAUUAGCCAUUGAUUUAGAAAUAGCAACUGUUUUGCUUGUAGAUGAGCUAAAUCUUGCUCCCUUUCAUAAAUCCAAUUAAUCUGAAACCUUGAUAUGUCAUUACUUGGAUUACAUCUCUUUAUCUGGACAAAUCUAACUCUUAAGGUUAGGUAUAUUUACUGCUACUGAUUUUGCCGAGCAAAGUGGACAAAGUGUUUCAUAGUGGCUAUAGCAUAUUUUGAUCAAUUUGACAUUUGGGGAAAUGCAUUGAAAUAAUUUCGUUAAUGUAUGGUUCUAAACAGCCCCCCUGUCCAUCCUGACUUUACAAUUGUGAAGAAUGAAUUAAACAUGAAUUAAAGUCUUUUUACAUGGGCAGGCUCAAUGUGCAGAUUGUCACAAUUUCAUUCAACACCUUAAACAUAAUUCACCAUUUUUCUGUUUUAUUCAUGCAUAGUUUUGGACGUGAGGAGAAAGAACAUUUUUUUAAAAAAACAAUGUUAAUAGAUACGGAUCACAUAAAUAUAGUUCCCUGGGUUUUUUUAGUUUCUGGUUAAAUUUCUAACAGUAGUUAGGAAUUAGAAGCACAAAUCCAUGCUUUAUAUCUGGCAGAGCAAUCCUAUGGGGACAGAGAAGAAAGAAUUCAGGGUGGAAGAGCCACCAGUUCCUAAGCUUAGCCAAGUGCAUGCCUGCCAAAGCAAGCUAUGUGCUGGGGAUUGCUUGUUUGCACCAGUUUUGCUUUAGUUAAUUUUCCUUUCCAGUGGUUUCACUGGGAUAGCAACCAACACCAGCAUAAAUCACUCUUGUUGCCAUUAUGACUGUUAGGGUAGUACAGUGGAAAAACUCCGGGGCCAGCAUUCCAGAGGCAUGUUCAAUGGAUCCAAAGUCUCCUCUGAUUUGUCCCUGGCAUGGCCCAGAAGCUUUACCUUGGCAUGGUGGAAAUUUCUGCUGCUGUACAGAGAAGAUCUCUAUGGGUGGACCUCCUGGUCUGCAGGUGGACCACCUACUCUGCCCCCAUGGCCCCUGGGACACCCUCAGCACCAGAUAACGAUGCAAUCAAAAUGGCUUGGUCCACUCGCCUAAAUCCACAAAAGUCCAGAAUUUCUGCUGGUGUUAAGGUUGCAAAACUAAAAUACAAGUCAUUUUUCAAAUACAAAAAUUGAAUUGGUAAGUUUCUUUCCUUGAUUAGCGAUAGAAUAGAAGCUCCAGGAAGUAAAUCCUAGGAAUGGGGAGAGUGCCAUUCAUAACCGUUAUAUUCCCCAAAGUUGCUGAGUAACCACUGAACCAGACUUAGGAUCAGUUUGCCAACCCAUCCAGUGUCUCUAGCCAGUACAGUAGAUCUUUCAGCUGUGAUGUGUACUGCAACUUAUGUAAGCACUAGGAACUGGAGGAGGUUUUAGCUAAGCAAAGUGAAAGGCUGUGGCAGGAACUAGAUUCAAGUGCAUAUAGAGAGCACAGUAGAAAUCUGACUAGGAAGUUAAGUGGAACCAAUAUCCUGUAUAUUGUGGGAUUGGUUACCCAGAAAACAGAAAUGAACAUGUUGUGAAUAGUAGGAAAGAAAAAUAUUUCUCCAGGAUAAAGAAAAAUGUUAAGAUUCAUAGGGGGAAGAGAGAAACUGACCCAUAGUGGAAAGUUGAAUCAGGGGUGGGGGGGAUGCUGGGUAAAGUUCAGAGAAGGUUUACUGGAAGAGUUAAUGGGAUACAGAUGUGGAGAAGAAGCUGACCUAGAAAUAAGAAUUUUUUUCACCUUGUUUACUGAGAGAUAAGGCCAAGCAAGCAAGAAAUAAAGCAGCAGAUAGCAAAUGUUUCCUAGAAAGUAGAGCAAUCACUAUGGAAGGAGACAUAACAAAAAACUUGCUAGUGCCCUUGCACAGUUCACAUAAUGGGUUUCUAGAGAGCAUGUUCUUAGUACAGUGGCAGGUAUUAAAGCAUGUUCUAGGAGUUGCAGGCACAGGAGAACACAUUAGGUCUACCUGAACCCGGGUGCGACUCAUGCUCUUGAAGGCGCUCCCUAGAAGCUUCAUGGAGCGUCAUUUUCUCAGCCUCCUGCCUCGGUCCCCUUGCACAUUCAUGCAAGGCACAUAGUGCACCAGGCCAUUAAUGGGAACGGGAGACCUGUGCAUGCCUCCCACGUUUCUUCCCAGCCUUCUUCCCUUCUGCUCAGCCAUCAAGCAUGAGUUCCAAGCUCAGGAUCUUUGACCAAAUGGAGGGGUGCAUUUAGACAGUUAUAUGCACACUGUUUUCCCAUUUGCACUCUCUGGUGCACUGCAGUUGCAUGUGCCCAUGUGUGUGUAUCAAGGAGAGAGGGGAUAAUGGGUCCCUGUUAUAACCUACAGCACAGCAGCCAACUUUAGGGGCCAAUUUCAACCCCAUUCCACCCCUAAGCACCCUGGCACUACCAGGCACUGAUUAGUUUUAGCAAUGGCAGCAGAAAAAUAAUUGGCAAUGUUUAGGCCACCAGAAAAGGCCCGCUUAAGCUUUAAAACAAAUUGCGCAUCUUGCUUUAAAGCAGCACUUGACCUUUUCUCAAAUGCUGCUGCCACCAAUUCAGGGGUGGUGAAGGAUCAUGGAAUUCAUUCAUUCAUUCAAGCUGGUGGUGGGGUGCAUACAUGGAUGCGUGGCUCCUGUGGUCAUGAAAGGAUGACAUGAAGCCCGGUAUAUACAUGGUCAUGUUGUAUAAACUUACUUAAUGGGCAUGUGUUAAUGCCAUCACCCUGGAAAGCCCACUGAGGAGGAAAGGAGCAGAAGGACCUGCUGACAAGGAGCAUGUGGCCAGCUUGCCAGGGAACAUAAAAGCUCACCAAAGCAGAUUGAGCAACUGAUAAACUACUUACUAUUUUAUGCACGCAAGAUCACACAUCAGAGCUUGCAAUGCCUUUUUUGGAUGCAGUUUUAUGCACAGAUACCUGAGACUAAACCCCACCGGACAUAGUGGGCUUUAACAGCUCUCCUUACCCUAGCAGACAGUGCUUGGAAUCUUGUGCAGCAUCUUCAUAAAGUAAACUAAUUAUAUAAUAGGACUUUAUUCCUUAGAGUCAUUUUUCAUAUCAUGUUCUAUUUUUAUAUCGCUAUUGAACUGCAGAUGAAAAUGGAAUCUUCCUGAGAUACAGACAGAAUCUAAAAUAAAAAGUAAACAAAAGA